AUGGCGAAUCCUCCCCAUGGCGGCGUCCUCAAGGACCUUAUUGCCAGAGACUUUCCUAGACAAGCUCAGCUCGAGGCCGAAGCUGAAACUCUCCCCGCCAUUACCCUGACCGAGAGACAGCUCUGUGAUCUUGAAUUGAUCCUCAAUGGCGGCUUCUCACCUCUGGAAGGUUUCAUGAACGAGGCCGAUUAUAAAGGUGUCGUAAAGGAGAAUAGGCUAGCCGACGGCAUUCUGUUCAGCAUACCCAUUACUCUGGAUCUGUCUGACGAAACCAUCAAGGAGGUUGGUCUAAAACCAGGUGUCCGAGUAACGCUACGCGAUCUUCGUGACGACAGGAGUUUGGCCAUUCUUACCGUAGACGAUAUCUACAAACCAGACAAGGUCCUCGAAGCUAAGGAAGUUUUCGGGAGCGAUGAUGAAGCGCAUCCCGCUGUUAAAUAUCUCUUCAGAACUGCUGCCGAUUUCUACGUCGGUGGUAAGGUAGAAGCUGUCAACCGUCUACAGCAUUAUGACUUUGUAGACCUCCGAUACACUCCGGCCGAGCUCCGAUUACACUUUGAUAAGCUUGGUUGGAGCCGUGUUGUUGCUUUUCAGACAAGGAACCCUAUGCACCGUGCUCACCGAGAGCUGACAGUCCGUGCUGCUCGUUCGCAUCACGCAAAUGUGCUCAUUCAUCCGGUGGUUGGCUUGACAAAACCCGGAGAUAUUGACCACUUCACACGAGUGCGAGUCUACAAGGCCCUCUUGCCAAGAUAUCCUAAUGGCAUGGCGGUCUUGGGUCUCCUCCCGUUGGCUAUGCGAAUGGGUGGCCCCCGCGAAGCUAUCUGGCACGCCAUUAUCCGCAAGAAUCACGGAGCAACUCACUUCAUCGUUGGCCGUGACCACGCCGGUCCCGGAAAGAACAGCCAAGGUGUUGAUUUCUAUGGACCUUACGAUGCCCAGUACGCUGUUGAGAAAUACCGUGACGAACUAGGCAUUGAGGUUGUGCCCUUCCAAAUGAUGACAUAUUUACCCGACAAGGACGAGUACGCGCCUAUCGACGAAAUCCCAAAGGAUACUCGCACAUUGAACAUCUCCGGUACAGAACUGCGCUCGCGACUGAGGAGCGGCCGAGAUAUCCCCGAGUGGUUCUCAUAUCCUGAGGUCGUUAAGGUACUGCGCGAGUCGCAUCCUCCGCGUGCUGCUCAGGGGUUUACUGUCUUCUUAACCGGCUACACAAACAGCGGUAAGGACCAGAUCGCGAGAGCUCUUCAGGUUACCCUAAACCAACAGGGCGGUCGAUCAGUGUCUAUGCUACUUGGUGAGACUGUGCGCCACGAACUGUCGUCUGAACUGGGUUUUAGCAGAGAAGACCGCAGCACUAACAUUGCUCGUAUCGCAUUUGUCGCUGGCGAGCUGACUAGGUCCGGUGCUGCUGUCAUCGCCGCCCCUAUUGCGCCCUUUGACAAAGACAGAGCAGCUGCUAAGGAAGCUGUUGAGAAAUACGGUGACUUUUACCUUGUCCACGUCGCUACUCCUCUCGAGUACUGCGAGAAGACGGACAAGCGAGGCAUCUACGCUAAGGCUCGUGCUGGUGAGAUUAAGGGCUUCACAGGUGUUGACGACCCAUAUGAGGCUCCCUCUAAGGCCGAUUUAGUAGUAGAUGGCGAGAAGCAGACAGUGCGAUCCAUCGUGCACCAGAUCGUCCUGAUGCUGGAGAGCCGUGGCUUACUAGACCGCCUAUAA